GAAUGAGCUGCUAAUCAAGGCCGCGCGCCGCCGCCGCCCAAUGGAUGCUGAGAACCGCCGCGUCGUCACGGUUGCUAGGUAGAAAUCCUCUCCGCCGGCUGCGGCGAGCCAAUCGGGAGGAGCGGGCGCUUUGCCGUGUACCAAUAGGGAGAGAGAGAAUUCGUGCUCCCGCUUGUGGGCGGGCCCCGCGCGGAGCUGCUGCCAAUGGGGAGCGGCCCGACGCUGUUUUGCCGCGAAAUACCCGCGUGCGGAGGGUGGUGCUUGAUGGGGCCAUGGUGGCAGCGGGGCUCCUGCUGCGGCCAUGGCUGGGCCGCGGUGCCCCCGGGCCGCUCUGCAUCCGUCUCUUCCCUCGCUGCUCCCAGGUCAGCGCGGCGAAGAAGGCGAAGGCUGCGGGAGAUGGGACGGGGGAGGCCUCCCUGCUGAGCCCGGAGCAGCUGGAGCGGAUCCGCAAGAACAAGGAGGCGGCGCGGCAGCGGCUGGCGGAGCGCAACGUGCCGCCGGGCUUCGGGGAGAGCUGGCGGCGGCAGCUGGCCGCGGAGUUCUCCAAGCCCUACUUCGUGCAGCUGAUGGAUUUCGUGGCAGAGGAGAGGAAGCGUUACACGGUGUAUCCGCCCCCCGAGCAAGUCUUCACCUGGACGCAGAUGUGCGACAUUAGGGAUGUGAAGGUUGUCAUUCUGGGACAGGAUCCAUACCAUGGCCCUAAUCAAGCUCAUGGGCUCUGUUUCAGUGUCCAGAAGCCUGUUCCACCUCCCCCCAGCUUAGAAAACAUUUACAAGGAAUUAUCUACGGAUAUCGAGGACUUCACUCAUCCUGGUCAUGGUGAUCUGACUGGCUGGGCCAAGCAAGGGGUGCUGCUGCUCAACGCUGUCCUCACGGUGCGGGCUCACCAGGCCACGUCGCACAAGGAGAGAGGCUGGGAGCAGUUCACGGACGUCGUGGUGUCCUGGCUCAACAAGAACUUGCACGGGGUGGUCUUCAUGCUCUGGGGAGCCUAUGCCCAGAAGAAAGGCAGCUCCAUUGACAGGAAACGCCACCACGUCCUGCAGACGGUGCAUCCCUCGCCCCUCUCUGUCAACAGAGGCUUCUUUGGCUGUCGGCAUUUCUCCAAGACCAACGAGCUGCUCAGGAAAGCCGGGAAGAAGCCCAUUGACUGGAGAGCGCUCUGAGC